CCACCGCCCAGUGUCUCUCAGAGAGUCUACGGCACCACAAAUCAAACUCACCCAGCGCCCGGCGGAGAGGGAAUGGAGGAUGAGCCGGGGAGAGGUGUGCGCGGACAGAAAGCCGCUCCGACGCCAGAGGGCUGAUGCGGGGAGCGCUGCGGCGGUCCGACAUGCGGUCUCUGCUUUCCCGCAGAAGAGGAAUAUGACAAGGCGUCAGGACGGGACGGGAGAUGAGACCGACUCCGUUUCGGAGCGCCUCUUUCUGCUGUGAUCUCAGACGGUCCGCCUGCGAGCCGUGUGUCUUCGGGACGAGGAGCGCACGGCUCGGAGCCGCACCGACUCCACUGUGGCUCCGGGACGACCGGCUCUGUCUGCGUUUUCCUAAAAUCCUCUGAGGAGGGGGGGAAAUUACUGGUGGAAUUCAAUAUGAAGCCCCUGUCGGCAAACUUGUUCGCCCUGCUCUUCCUGUGCGCCCUCGCGAGUGUUUUCUACGUGUGGAGCGCGCUGGAGAGCCGCUUGGAGCGACACAAGCGCAGGUUCUCCCUGCCGGGCGGAGGGUCGCUCCACCAAGGUCUCCCGGUCGACCUCUCCGCCAAAACUUUCCGGGCACUGCUGGCUGUCCCGCCGGCACAGAGACCGCGCUUGGGGGCCAGGCUCGACGCGCACAACCUCACGGAUCAGCCGGUUCCUGCGGGGAGCGGAGAUCUCCACGUGAACGUGGGGAAGAGGAGGGCAGCGCAGCGGGAGGGCCCGGUGCAGCCGGGCUCCCCGGUGGACGGCGGGAUAUUCUGGAGCGAGUGGCUGGAAGACCUCCUCCCCGUGGGGUUCUCCGAGGAGUAUGCGCGAGCGUGGCGGCAGAAGGCUCGGACGUGCCGGGUGGUGAAGCUGGAGCCGGGAUGCGGCAGGAUAUCCAAUCAGCUCGCCACUUUCGCCGACGGGACCAGAGCGUGCGUGCGCUACGGGAUCAACGCGGACCAGGUGCAGGGGGAAACUUUGACUUACUACCUUGCGGCUCUGCUCGGCAUCACCAACCUGCCCCCUCUCGCGCUGUCCCAGCUGAGCGGCGACGGCGAGCAGUGGGCGGACGUGCGGACGCGCAUCGGCGGCUUGCAGUGGAGCGAGCGCGCGGUGGUGUCCCUCACCGAGUGGAUCUCCAACCUGACCGGGGUGGUCACCCCCGCGCCCCUCCGGCAGGAUAGCGGCGGGCUGCGCCCCGUGCCGGCGGAGCUGCGGAACAGGAGCACGGCGGAGCUGCUGGAGCUCAUGCAGUGGAGCGACCUGGUCGUGUUCGACUAUCUGAGCGCGAACUUCGACCGGCUCGUGAGCAAUCUGUUCAGCCUGCAGUGGGACUCCCGCGUGAUGGAGAGGGACACCAACAACCUGCUCAGGACGCCGCGCGGGGACCUCGUGUUCAUCGACAACGAGGCCGGCCUGGUGCACGGCUUUCGGGUGCUGGGCAUGUGGGAGAAGUACCACAGCUCGGUGCUGAACUCGGUGUGCGUGUUCAGGAGAAGGACCACGCAGCGCGUGGCGGAGCUGCACAGGCGCAGAGACUCCAGGCAGAGGCUGCUGGAGCUCUACAGAGACAGCGAGCCUUUGUCUCAGGAAUCGGGCUUUCUCUCGGAUGAGCACGCCGGCGUCCUCCAGGACAGGAUAGACAGAUUAUACAAACACAUUUUGCAUUGCAAAGGGAAGUACGGCCAGCUGUGAACAUUCGGCGCGCGCAGGUGAUGGAUUUGUUGUCUGCACAACAUAAUGAGCUCUGCAAACGCGAUGGGCACACCUGUGCUGAACUGAUGAUGCGCAUUAAACAGAACUGUCUUGGAUAUCCAGCUGAACUACCUCCUGUGAAUAGAAUGUGUUGCCUACUUUAUAAAUAUGACACAUGUUUCUAAGCUUCCUGCUGACAUUUCCACUGUAGAUCCCUCUAAGAGGAAACAUUAGGGCCAGUUUAUCCUUUAUUUCACUUCAGACUGCAGAUGUUCACCUGAGUAAAUGUUAAAAGUAUAGGCUAUAUCUGUGACUGUAGGGCAUCAUAACGCACCCCUUUAUGUGUGUAUGGAUUCUUGCCUUGUUUUCAAUUAUCCCAAUGACAAACUCCUAAGCCUUAACAUAAGUUGAUACUGUGUUUCUGUUGACACCUGGCUUGGCUUUUUUUUUUAAUAUGGCCAAUUGUUUGCACAUCGUGUCACAGCCAGCACCUGCACUCUUUUUAAUUGUGUUUGGACUGCAUAUUCAGCCUUAAAGUCAUACCCAUUGUUCAUUUGGUUGAUGUAAAUAUUGUCAGCUGAACUGUUUUUUUUUUUUUUUUUGCAAAUUUGAUGCUGAAACUAAUUUAAUGUGUAUUGUAACAUUCCAAAAUCUUGUUUUCCUUUUUAUAAAGACCGUCAAAUUUAAUAUAA